AUGUCACGCCAAUUUACACACUCGUCGCAGCGACGCGCGUCGCUGGUUUCAACAUCUGUGGGCAGACACGGGCUAUUUGUGCCCCAGGACCUCAUCAAACCAGAAGACUUCACGGCUGUUGUCAGCGACCAGGACCUCGAGGAAGACGAGCCACUGAUCGACUCUCAGGUCCAGCAGUACUCAGCAACAUCAGACAUAGCCGAAGAGGCAGAGCUACUCCAGGCCAACCACUUUCCUAUCAGAAGAUACUCCUCCGUGCCUUCGGUUUCUGUGCCACCUGCACAAGACCCUGAAGCUAUCAAUGAGUCAUGGGACAAGGCUCUUCGCGACGGGAAAAUCACCACCACGCCUCUCUUUGAGCUCAAGAAGAUGUUCAUGUCGUCUGUUCCGCUUGUGAUAACCUUCUUGCUCCAAAACUCCCUUGGUGUGGCCUCUAUCUUUGCCGUGGGACACAUCUCCCCUGAAGCACUCGCGGGAAUCACCCUGGGAACCAUGAGCUGCAAUAUAUCGGCCAUUGCCGUCAUUGCUGGCCUUGCAUCGUCACUCGAUACGUUUUUACCGCAAGCCUACGGAGCCAGAAAAUACAAGGUUGUGGGCUUGAUCUUCCAGCGUUGCACAGCUCUUAUAUUCACGCUCAUGUUCGUAGUCUGCGUAGCAUGGUGGAUAUGGGCUGAAGAAAUUCUCAUAAAAGCCCUUCCGAACGCAGAAAGCGCCAGACUCGCUGCGACAUACCUGAAAGUCAUCACUUUUGGAUUGCCAGGCUACAUACUUUUUGAGACAGGGAAAAGAUUCUUGCAGGCCCAGGGAGUUUUCGAAGCAUCGACGUACGUGCUUUUCGUCUGUGCUCCCUUCAAUGCAUUGCUCAACUACAUCUUCGUUUGGGUAUUCAAAAUGGGAUACAUUGGCGCUCCCAUCGCUGUCAGCAUCAACUAUACACUGAUGGCUGUUGGGCUAUUUGGGUACACGAUCUGGACGAAGAAUGUCGCCAACCCUAUGAAAUGCUGGAACGGACUGGCACUUCGAAAGGCGUUUUCCAACUGGGGCGAGCUGGUCAAGCUGAGUAUCCCAAAUCUUAUCAUGAUUAUGUCCGAGUUUCUGAGUUUCGAGAUCCUCACCCUGCUGUCCAGCUAUCUCGGAACUGUGCCGCUUGCAGCGCAGUCUGUGAUAGCCACCAUGGCCUCUCUCACCUACCAGGUGCCAUACGGAGUUUCUAUUGCGGCAUCCACUAGAGUGGCCAACUUCCUGGGUGCUCAGCUCCCACGAGAGGCCAAGAUUGCUGCCAAGAUGGUUUUUGUGUUCACCGCGGCCAUUGCCUUGAUCAACUCGUCGUUCUUGCUCUUGGAUAGCAGGCAGAUUGCGGGCUGGUUCUCCAACGACGCGGACGUGAUUGAGGUUGUCACACAGGUGAUGCCAUUGGUCGCUUUCAUCCAGAUUUUCGACGCCAUGAAUGCAACCAGCGCAGGAUGCCUACGUGGACAGGGGUUGCAAAGAAUAGGUGGAUACGUCAACCUGUGCUCGUACUAUCUCAUUGGCCUCCCGCUUGGGUUUGUGCUGAGCUUCUAUUUCCCCAAGGGCCAUCCUAUGGGACUCUUUGGACUGUGGACCGGCUGUGGAGUGGCCCUGGCUAUCAUCGGUGUCAUUCAGACCUACUGUGCCCUUGCUGCCGACUACAACAAAUUGGCUGCGGACGCUCUCAAACGAAGCGAAACGGACUAGGACAAUUGCGUAAUUUUGUGUCUAAUUUUGGCCAGCUGAACAAUAAGUUCUAGCGAGUCUGCAAAAUCAGACUGCGCAGUUCGUAGAGACAGAGGCACCAGUCCUCCAGAGAACAUUUUCCGCGACUUCGACAAUCCGUCUUCCCUGUCGCAGAGGAUUAUUUGUGCAUUUGUCCAGUCGACAUCCACCAAUCGCUGCAUUUCCCUAUGAUCAAGGAAGUUUUGGUAUCUCGUAUUUGCUUCGUAAUUAGCACGGGCAAGGUCG